UCGCGAGCGAGCGCGCGACAGUUUCACGAGGAUAACAACAGGCGCGGGACACUAAAAGGACAUCAUACUAGGAGAAAACCACUUCAAAGUUCGUGUUCCUUUAUGCGCGUGGGAGAUUAGGAGAGCUCCGUGUCGUUAGCGUGUGCAUGUGCGCGUUUUGUCGGGCUGGAUGAAAAUGAUGCAGAGCGCGGCGGUGUUGCCCAACGAGAGCGCGGUGAAGAGUCUCCCGGACAUCCUCGGCGUGCCACUGCAACAGAUCCCUCAGUGUGCAGGCUGCAGUCAACACAUCUUAGAUAAGUUUAUUCUGAAGGUGUUGGAUCGACACUGGCACUCAAAGUGUCUGAAAUGCGCAGACUGUCACGCGCUUCUGACAGACAAAUGUUUCUCGCGCGCGGGGAAUGUCUACUGCAAAGACGACUUCUUCAAGCGUUUCGGGACAAAAUGUGCAUCGUGCCAACAGGGGAUUCCCCCGACACAGGUGGUCCGAAAAGCCCAGGAUUUCGUUUACCACCUUCACUGUUUCGCCUGCGUGAUGUGCAGCAGGCAGCUGGCCACUGGAGAUGAGUUUUACCUGAUGGAGGACGGAAGGCUGGUGUGCAAGGAAGACUACGAAACAGCCAAACAAAACGAUGAUUCUGAAACGGGAGCAAAACGUCCGCGCACCACCAUCACAGCCAAACAGCUGGAGACACUGAAGAGUGCUUAUAAGAACUCACCAAAGCCAGCACGACAUGUGCGCGAACAGCUCUCGUCAGAAACAGGCCUGGACAUGAGAGUAGUGCAAGUGUGGUUUCAAAACAGACGAGCGAAAGAGAAGCGAUUGAAGAAGGACGCAGGUCGCCAUCGCUGGGGUCAAUUCUACAAAAGUGUCAAACGCAGUCGAGGAUCGAGUAAAACAGAAAAGGAGAGCUCGGCGGAUGAUGCAGGACUCAGCGACAGUGAGCUUAGUUUCAGAGAAGACCAAAUCCUAUCGGACCUGGGUCAUACUAACAGCUUGUACGGAAGUGUCGGGGACGUCACCAAUGGCAACAUGCUAAAUGGGAGCUUUUCGUUGGAGGGGGGCGGGCAGCCUUACCAUGACCUGAGGGCGGGAAGUCCCUACGGCCUGCCACAGUCUCCCUCAUCCAUCACCUCCCUACCCGGCCACACCCCGCUGCUUAACAACUUAGGAUUCAACAUAGAUGGCAUCAUGGGUCCAGGAGGUCAGCCUAACGUAGGUCAAGCUUUGAGAGCCAUGGCUGGAGGACCAACCUCUGACCUGUCUACGGGAAGCAGCACGGGUUACCCGGACUUCCCCACCAGCCCUGCCUCCUGGCUUGAUGAAAUGGACCACUCCCAGUUCUGAGGUCAAACUUUAAGGUCACGAUGGCAUGGAAGCAAAAGAGACUUCAUGGACAUCUUCCCUUGAAAUGGCUGUGUCUGUGUGGCAAAGGGUGUUCGGUAUGCCUCAACAUUAAUUUAUUCAACUAGCCGUCACCCGGGCUUGACUUCAGCCCGUGUGGUGAUAUGCUGAACGGCACACUGCUAUGAAAACUGAGCGACUCGUGGUGGAAUGUUUAAGCUGUAUCAUAAUUUUUUUAUUUAUAUUUUUUCAUUGUUCUCAAAACUGGAUUGGACAAUUUUCAGAUGAGAAAAAGGCAUUGAACUUGAUAUGAAAACCCCAAACCUCUCCAUCACUUAUAGAGCGCAACAGGGAGGACCGGCCACCUAUCCAGCAGCGGCUUUGGCUCUGGAGAUAUGUUUCUGCGUUAUUUUCUCCAUAGGGUUUUCAUAAAUGAAAUUAUCUGGAACAAACUUUAUCUGAAGCAAAACAUUUAAGCGCUAAAAGGUAUAUGAUCUCUCUGGAGAAAAUAAAAGGGACUUCUACUGUUGUGCUGUAUACUGGAACACAAUCAAAAUCAACCACGUUUUUGAGAACAGGGGUCUGUGCAUGUUCCUGGUCGAGGAGGAGAACCGUCCACAUUAGGAGCCUUUUGAAAUGAUAACGCACUUUAUGUUCCUCCUCGACUGCAUACAAGAGAAGAGAGGAGUGCACCAAGCAAGGAGAGAUAUUUAAACAAGAGGCACAAGUGUAUCUCUCCUACUUACAAGGGUUUGGGAUUUUAAUGGUUUUGACUGACUCAGUUUCUAAACAGCUCUAGUGGAGAUGAUGCUUCACAUUAGCAACAUCAGAGGUCUGAAGAUAAAGAUUAUUUUUAUUAAGGACGAAUCCGCAUGCACCGCUCUAAAUUUUCAUAUUGAUCUCUGGUCAGUAUUACCAUCAAUAUACUUUUAUUUUAUAAUGUCACUCCAUGAGAAAAGACCGAUAUCAUACAUGUAUUAAAAGAUGUGUCCUUUAUUUAUUUCAGAGCAGAUUUCGAAUGUUGAUUUCACAAAAUAUUUGAGUCUGCAUUUUUAAGUUGCAGACUCACAUUAUUUCAGACAGAUGGACCGUACCGAUCUGACCACAAGAUUAUUAAUAAGCAAAUCCUGUGAAAGAGAAAUUUUGAACACAAUAAGUACUGUAACAACCACAAGGGUUGAGUGUUAUUUAUUCCUGUAAAGAGUACCAACGUCAGUAUUAUGAGGAGCUGGAUUAUGGAAUAGAGGAUGGCAAGUUAUUCGAUACUACUUGGUGAUAUUAACUGCUGAUAGAACUGUAAUAAUAUGGGAAAGCUUUUGGAAAAAAUUUUGGAGCCGUACAUUGGUACACAGGGGAAAGAUGAGUGAUGCAGAUAAAAGUAAAUCUAAGCUAACAAAGAGCAACAUAAAAACGAAAGUAACCACUGAGAAAUAUUGUUUUUGUUGAAACUACUGUGCGUUGCCUCUGAACUGUCGAGUCUUAUUGGCUGUAAAUUUUGUAAAGUCUCAAAAAGUGUCCACAGUCUUGUUUCAUGAGCACUAUUUAUUGCUAUGGAUCUUUGAAAAAAGAGCACUGAAUUUAGUCCUA